AUGCGGCACAGCACUUCUGCUAGCGUGCUGAUGGGAGUUUUGCGAAGCCGUUCAUUUAUAUUGCUACUCGCUUUUCCUCUUCUCAAUUGCUCAUACGCAGUCCUUAUUAUGUCAGAAAUUACACAGAAAUUGCAAGCUCUAGGCCCGCAAAUCAAUCGCAUCGCCCAGAUCAGCGGUACUCCGGGUCUUUCCCUCGGUGUGGUGCAUAAUGGCAAUGUCGUUCAUACAGCGCAUUUCGGACGGCGGAAUUCAGACGAUGCGGUGUCAUCAAAUGACGAUACUCUCCACAGUAUGGCGUCCCUAACCAAGAUAAUUACGGCAUCAGCCAUUGCACAGCUCGUGCACAAAGGAAAGCUAGAUUGGGAUACGCCUAUUCGAGAGUAUCUGCCAGAAUUUCGCAUCCGCCAGGACGAAGCCGGUCUCAAAGCUACCAUUCGGGAUCUUUUAUCCCUCCGAACAGGCAUCUCACCUGCGAAUACGUAUUGGGGGUUUCAAAACAACGAGGCUCUCCUUGAUAGAUCCCAGAAUGUCGCCAUGUCUGCGUACAUCGGCACCAGCAAACCCUAUGGCCAAUUCGUGUAUUCGCAAUGGAAUUACGCGCUUCUUGCGGAUGUUGUCAAGCACGUGACCGGAAUACCCAUCGAGCAAUACAUUUCGCAAAAUAUAUUCAGACCUCUCAACAUGGCGCGUAGUUCGUUCGGUGCUCUCGAUGAUUCCGAAAUCAAUGUCGCGCACACACAUUGCACCCAUGACGAUGGGACAUCAUCUCGAAAACCAGACGCAUCUUCCGGCGCGGUUGCAUCUGGACUAGCAGCCGCUGGCGGUGCGCGUUGCUCCAUGAAAGACUACCUCAUCUUCGUGCAAGCCCUGCUACAGUCUUACAAGGCGCAAGUCGAAGGGGACGUUGAUUCCACACCAGACUCCAUCUUCCCUCUGCUGAGAACAAUAUUCACACCACACGUUGGAAUGGGACCCCCCGGGCGCUCCGGCAUCGACUACGUAGCCUACUGCUUAGGAAUUUACCGUACCAAAUUACCUGGCAUGCUCAGUUUAGCCAGCUCAAACUUCUACUACACUCUUGGAAAAAAGCACUUGCGUGUCUACGGAAAGAGUCUAGCAGGUACCGAGGUGUUCCAUCACUCUGGCACAUCGCUCGGACAUUCGGGUGCCAUGUUUCUGGUACCCUCUACCCAGACCGCAGUAGUCUCUUUCACCAACUCCCAGCCGCUCAUGGACCCUGUCGAUUUUGUAGCGCAGCUUGCGCUUUCGGUGCUUCUUGGGGAAGCACCGAGUGUGGAUUUUGUCAAGGCUGCCGAGUUAGCGCGAUCGAUCACUCUGUCGAAUUACAAGUUGUUGGAGCAAGCUGUGGAUAAGGGCAAGACAGGUAUUCCACCAACCAAACCUCUUGCGGCAUAUCAGGGAGACUAUUACAACGCUAUCCAUAAUUUUGUGAUGUCCGUCACCGUCGAUGGCGAAGGUUUGGACGUCAGGAUGCAGCAUGGGAAAUCUGGAUUUUCGCUUUUGCCGUACGACGGCGAUACGUUUUACUGGCGGGUGAACAGGGAGUGGGAGAUGUGCGAGAAGGGAAUGUGGGGAUUCAUGUACAAGGAUUGGCAUUUGUUCCGCUUUGAGAUUGAUUCUAAUGGCGAAGUCGCGAGUGUGGCAUGGAGGCACGAUCCGUACGCUGCGAGUCCGGAGGUCUACGUUAAGACGCCCUCUUAUUAUUCGUUUGCCAGGUUGUGA